GCGGUCUCCCACAACUUGGGGCCCACCACACUUUUUUCUUUGCCACGCAUCCAGCAAGAACAGCAAGCAGCAGAAGCCCAUCAUGCCCGUCAACAAGGCCCACCCCUCGACCUCGGUCUUCAAGGACAACAUUUUCAACGGCCAGGUGGUCUUCAUCACCGGUGGCCGCUCGGGCAUCGGGUACACGGUCGUCGAGACGCUGAUGCGCCACGGCGCCGACGCGGUCAUUGUCGGCCGCGACGCCAAGGGCCUGGCCGAGAGCGCCGCCGCGCUCCAGAAGUCGACAGGCAAGCGCUGUAUUGCCGCCUCGGCCGACGUGCGCAAGGUCGACCAGAUCCGCGCGGCGGUCGACAAGGCCAUCGAGGCGUUUGGCCGUAUCGACUUUGUUGUCUGUGGCGCCGCGGGUAACUUCCUCGCGCCCAUCUCGGCGCUCAGCGAGAACGCGUUCCGCACCGUCAUCGAGAUUGACACUCUCGGCACAUACAACACGGUCAAGGCGACACUCCCGCACGUCCGCAAGACGCAGGGCGCGUACCUCCACAUCUCGGCGACGCUGCACUACCGCGGCGUGCCGUACCAGGCGCACGUGGGCGCCGCCAAGGCGGCCGUCGACGCCCUCAGCCAGGUCAUUGCGGUCGAGGAGGGUCCUCGUGGUGUCCGUUCGAACGUUGUUGCUCCGGGCCCCAUCGCCAACACCGAGGGCACGCUCCGCCUCGUCCCCAAGGGCUCGGAGACGGACAUCAUCCCCCGCAUCGUGCCGCUCGCGCGUUUCGGCGAGACGAUCGACAUUGGCAACGCCGCCGUCUACCUCUUCUCCCCCGCCGCGUCGUACGUCUCCGGCUCCGUCCUCGUCGUCGACGGCGGAGAGAUGCACAUCCGCGGCACUAGCCUGCCGUACCCCGAGUCGGUGCUCGACCCCGAGUCGACCAAGAAGCUCGUCGUCGGCAGCAAGCUCUAGGAAAGUGUUGUACUAUGUGAGAAGAUGCAGCGCCUGCAGUGUG